AUGGAAGAUAAAAAUUCAAAUAAAUUAUCUGAUGAUUAUCAAGAGAGUACGUGUUCUAUACAAUGUGAUACAUUACUUCAACGAAAUCAGUCUAUUGUUAAUGAUUAUUUUAAAUUUUGUUCGACACAAUUAGUUUUACCAAUACUUAACUUUAAUACAAAACAAUUACAUUUAUAUGGUUAUAGUAAAUCAAAUACAGAAGCUAAAAAACGAUUCUUGGAAUUACAAACAGAAUUACUUGUUGAAAAUACUAAAAAACAAAAAAUUGAAAAUAAUAUUUGUUGGUGGUAUGAAGCAUGGGAUGGUACAUGGCGAUUAUAUAAUACUCAAAUAACAAAUGAAAUUGAAGAUUAUUAUAAAUUAAAUAUAUAUAAUUUUACAUUAAUCAAUGAAUUAGGUGAAAAUAUAUCGAUUGAUAUUAAUAAAAUGGAAGAAAUUUAUGGUCAACGUAUAAAACGUAUUCGUCGAUCAAAGAUUGAUGAACAACAACCACCUUAUUGGACUCUUACUCCAUUAAAUUUUGAAAAAUUUAUACUUGAUAAUAAAUCAGAUGAAUAUAUUUCAAUUAAAGAUAAUUUUGAUAAAACAAUGAGAGGACUUUAUAUUAUGUUAAUAUCUAUUGAACGUAUUCAAAAUUUACUUCUAUUCAAACAAUUUUGUGUAUUACAUGAAGAUUUUAUUGAUAGAUACGGCAAAGAAGAUAACGGAACUAUGCGUUUUCUAUAUCACGGUUGUCCUGAAUUAGCUUCAAAGAAGAUUAUGGAAAAAGGUUUUAAUCGAAGCUAUUGUGGAAUCAAUGGAUGUUGUUAUGGACAAGGAGUAUAUUUCUCAAGCAAUGCUAGUUAUUCAAAUACAUAUGCAAAACCAAAUGAAAGACAAGAAAAACGAAUAUUUUACAGUCGUGUUCUUAUUGGUCGAAGUAUGAUCGGUCAUUCGAGUAUACGUGUACCGAAAGAUGGAUAUGAUACAACAACUGAUGGUACUCAUAUCUUUGUAUGUUAUUAUGAUAGUCAAUGUUAUCCAGAAUAUUUGAUAACUUAUACAUGA